AUGUGCAGUGCAGAAGUUUUCACCACUUUCUCAUACAUUACUUCCCUCAGUCAACCCAUCACCUUCUCCGCCGACGACGCCUCCCUCAACCGCCCCUUUCUGAUCUCCACUCCCCAAAAGUCAACUCGCAACCCGGUCAAUUUUGACUCCUCUGUCGGCAAUUCCAUUCGCGAUCGCACGCUCGAUAUUUUGAGUAUUGUUAGUACUCUGUUUUUCGGCGUUGGUUGUAGUGCUCUCACUGCCGCCUUCAUAUAUUUGGUUUGGUAUAUUUGCUCGCCCAAGACUUAUAAUUUCGGUGCUAAUGAAUCUAAUGAGGAGGAUGACGGUGAUGUUACAGCUGCCGAGACGAAACUGGGUUAUGUCGCUGUUGCGGUUGAUGCUCCUGCUCCCGUUAAACAAGUUGAGUAG